CCUCAUUGAAAUUGACGGUUCUGGACUUCUGGCAUUUUCGGUUGCAUAGUGUCUUGAUUUUCAUCGGGGGAUAUGAACGGCGGAGCGGCGGCGGUGGUCGGAGACUAUGUUCUGAAAUCGAAACUGGGAGAGAGCUCGUCGUCGACGGUAUGGAAAGCUGAGAGGAAAGCAACGGGAGAAACGGUGGUGGUGAAGCAAGUUCAGCUGUCGAAGCUCAACAAACACAUGAAGGACUGUCUGGAUUGCGAGCUUGGCUUCUUGUCAUCCGUCCACCAUCCCAACAUAAUUCGACUCUUCCAUUUCUUCCAGGAUGAUGAUUCUGUGUUCAUGGUACUGGAGUUCUGUGGCUUGGGAGAUUUGGCUGCUUAUAUUCGAAAUCAUGGGAGAGUUGAAGAGAAAGCUGCAAGAAGAUUCAUGCAACAACUAGGGGCUGGUUUAGAAGUGCUAAACAGCCAUCAUAUUGUUCAUAGAGACUUGAAACCAGAGAAUAUUCUACUUAGUGGUCAAGAAGAUGAUGAUCUGGUUCUCAAGAUCGCUGAUUUUGGGUUAUCGAGAGGCAUACAUCCGGGCAAGUAUGCAGAAACAGUUUGUGGAUCUCCAUUGUAUAUGGCUCCUGAAGUUCUUCAAUUCCAGAGAUACAGUUCUAAGGUUGACAUGUGGAGUACUGGUGCCAUUCUCUUCGAACUUCUCAAUGGGUACCCACCUUUUCAUGGCCGAAGUAAUGUCCAGCUGCUGCAGAAUAUCAAGUCAUCCGCGCAUCUUCCUUUCUCUCAACUCGUACUUCCACAGUUGCAUCCUGACUGCAUAGAUGUAUGCUCAAAACUGCUCUCUCCAAACCCAGAGCACAGACUGUCUUUUGAAGAGUUCUAUGGUCAUCGAUUCUUGUCGGGCAAGGAAACAGAAUUGGGAAAUCCAACCCAUUAUCUUAAGAGCCAGAUCAGACGAAGAGACAUUGCAGGAUCCUUUCCCUGGUUAUAACAGUGUCCUCUUGUAGCAAAGCAACUCCUGUAAGUACACUGCAAGUGUGUUCAUAUGUAUGUAUAUAUGGUUGCAUAGUCUUUAACCAUUGUGGCACAGAACAAUGAGAAGAAUGUGGCUUGCAAUCUUAUCACAGAAGAGCCUGUAAUAGCUGAUAACACUUUUUAACCUGCAAGACACAAAAGGUCCACCCAUGAACAGGCAACCAAUGACUCUCAAACCAGUCAUCAUUUAACCAUUUUUCUCAGUCAAAGCUUCACUCUUUCUCCUACAAGUUACUGCUCCAGCAAAGAUUGGACGAUUGGUAAUCUUCCACCAUCACUUGGCAUCUUCCAAUGUGAUGAGGUAAGAGCAUGGUUGACUUGAGAAAAAGGUUUUAAAAAUGAAAUGCUGGAUAGAGAUAGGAUGACUGUACAGACACCUGUCCAUUUCAACAAGAAGCAUAAAGUUGUGACCUUUUAGUGUUUGGCUAUUUGUGGGUUGCAUGGAAUCAAAUGACAUGUCUUAA